GCACUCGUUGCCAAUAAACCAAAGGCAACUGCCGAUAAAGUAACUCGCAAAGAUAUUUUGAAACAAUUGGCAAUAGAGGAGGGGCAAACUUAUAUUUCGAGUUUCGACCGCCCAAAUCUAAGCCUAAGUGUUUUACCUGGAAGAAAGCGUAUUCAGCAAAUUCAGGAUUUUAUUCUUACCCAAAAAAACAAUUCGGGUAUUAUUUAUUGCCUCAGCCGAAAAGCAACCGAAUCUGUUUCUGAAAGUUUACGAAAAGCAGGUUUCAAAGCCGAGUGUUAUCAUGCAGGGCGAGAUGCUGCCACACGCUCACGGGUGCAAGAAGCCUUUAUCAAAGAUGAUAUUCAGAAAGAAUUGAUGCAAGCCAAACUCGACCGCAUGAAACAAUAUGCCGAAGCCGAUAUUUGCCGAAGACGCAUUUUGUUAAGUUAUUUUAAUGAAGAUGUUGAGCAAGAUUGCGGCAAUUGUGAUGUCUGUAAAAAUCCGAGAAGUAAGUUUAAUGCCACUGUUUUGGCUCAAAAAGCACUUUCUGCUAUUGCUCGCACCAAAGAAAAAGUAGCAAUGGGUGCUUUGAUUGAUGUUUUGAGAGGAAGCAGAAACCAAAACACCUUGAAACAUCAAUACGACAAACUGCCUACUUUUGGCGUUGGUCGAGAUGUGCGAGGCGAAGAAUGGGCAGAUUAUAUCAGCCAAUUUCUCAAUUCGGGCAUUAUAGAUAUUGCCUACGAUGAAGCCCAUGUACUGAAAUUGAAUGCUGCAAGUUGGCAAGUGCUGAAAGGUGAACGCCAAGUAGAAAUUGCCAAGUUCAUCUCUCUCAACGAGCGAAAAGCCCGUGAAGAAGAGCUUGUGCCAAAAGAAAAACCCAAACAACAAAUCAUUAAAGAUGCUCUUUUUGAGCGUUUACGUCAGCUACGCAAAUCAUUGGCAGAUAGCCUAAAUAUUGCACCAUAUUUGAUAUUUACUGAUGCUACUUUAUCCGAAAUGGCACAAACAAGACCAAUUUCAGAAGCCCAAAUGAAAGCAGUUUCGGGUAUUGGUUCUGAAAAAUUUAGGCGUUUUGGCGAUGUUUUUAUGAAAGAAAUUAUCACUUUUGCCAAAGAAAACACCGCCACAGGCACACGUGUUGCCAAAGGUUUUACCUACGUUCAAACCUACGAAUUAUACAAAGAUGGAUUGGGUAUUGACGAAAUUGCUGAACAGCGUCAGCUAAACCCCACCACCAUUGUAUCGCAUUUA